CAGAUCAGUUUGUCACCACCCAGGCUCUCUUGCCUUUGGCUGGGUGCAACUUCCAUUUUAGGUGUUGGAUCUGAGGGGAGAAAAAGAGAGAGAGGGAGAGGGAGAGAAAGAAGAGCAGGAAAGAUCCUGAAAGGAGAAGCGGUGGCGAAAAUCAACUGCCUGGCUGGAUUUGCCUUCCUCAGCACAUUGGCUACGCCUAGGGUCUCUUGCCCACAGGACUGGUUUUUAGGAGUCCACAUUCAAGUGUGAAGUGAGGGGGCCUUCUCCCUCCUCCCCUUCCUCUGCGCCACCUUCCUCUUUACCCUGCCCUGCGGCGGCUCCGCCCCUUACCUUCAUGGAGGACUCAGAGGUGGAGUCGACCGCCAGCAUCUUGGCCUCUGUGAAGGAGCAAGAGGCCCAGUUUGAGAAGCUGACCCGGGCGCUGGAGGAGGAACGGCGCCACGUCUCGGCGCAGCUGGAGCGCGUCCGGGUCUCGCCACAAGAUGCCAACCCUCUCAUGGCCAACGGCACCCUCACCCGCCGUCAUCAGAACGGCCGGUUUGUGGGCGAUGCUGACCUUGAGAGACAGAAACUGUCAGAUCUGAAACUCAACGGACCCCAGGAGCACAGUCACCUUCUGUACAGCACCAUCCCCAGGAUGCAGGAGCCAGGGCAGAUCGUGGAGACCUACACAGAGGAGGACCCUGAGGGAGCCAUGUCGGUGGUCUCUGUGGAGACCUCAGAUGAUGGGACCACGCGCCGCACGGAGACCACGGUGAAGAAAGUAGUGAAGACCGUGACGACCCGGACAGUGCAGCCCAUGCCUGUGGGACCAGACGGGCUGCCUGUGGACACCUCCUCGGCUUCUAACAGCUACAUCCAGACUCUGGGCCGUGACUUCCGCAAGAAUGGCAACGGGGGCCCGGGUCCCUGCGUGGGGCAGGCGGGCACCGCCACCCUUCCUCGGAACUUCCAUUACCCUCCCGACGGGUACAGCCGCCACUACGAAGACGGCUACCCAGGGGGCACCGACAGCUACGGCAGCCUGUCCCGGGUGGCCCGCAUCGAGGAGCGGUACCGGCCCAGCAUGGAGGGCUACCGGGCCCCCAGUCGGCAGGACGUCUACGGGCCCCAGCCCCAGGUGCGGGUGGGUGGGAGCAGCGUGGAUCUGCACCGCUUCCACCCAGAGCCCUACGGGCUGGAGGACGACCAGCGCAGCGUGGGCUAUGACGACCUGGACUACGGCAUGAUGUCUGACUACGGCACUGCCCGCCGCACCGGAACGCCCUCCGACCCUCGCCGCCGCCUCAGGAGCUAUGAAGACAUGAUUGGGGAGGAGGUGCCGUCGGAUCAGUACUACUGGGCUCCUCUGGCCCAGCAUGAGCGAGGAAGCCUCGCAAGCUUGGACAGCCUUCGCAAGGGAGGCCCCCCGCCUCCAAACUGGAGACAGCCAGAGCUGCCAGAGGUGAUCGCCAUGCUGGGGUUCCGCCUGGAUGCCGUCAAGUCCAACGCAGCCGCGUACCUGCAGCACUUGUGCUACCGCAAUGACAAGGUGAAGACCGAUGUGCGGAAGCUCAAGGGCAUCCCAGUGCUGGUGGGAUUGCUAGACCACCCCAAAAAGGAAGUGCACCUUGGGGCCUGCGGUGCUCUCAAGAAUAUCUCUUUUGGACGGGACCAAGAUAACAAGAUUGCCAUAAAAAACUGUGACGGUGUUCCUGCCCUUGUGCGGCUGCUGCGAAAAGCUCGUGAUCUGGACCUUACUGAAGUCAUUACUGGAACCCUGUGGAACCUGUCAUCCCACGACUCGAUCAAGAUGGAAAUCGUGGACCACGCGCUGCACGCCUUGACGGAUGAAGUGAUCAUCCCGCACUCUGGCUGGGAGAGGGAGCCGAGUGAGGACUGCAAGCCGCGCCAUAUCGAGUGGGAGUCCGUGCUCACCAACACAGCUGGCUGCCUGAGGAAUGUAAGCUCAGAGAGGAGUGAAGCCCGCCGGAAGCUUCGGGAGUGCGAUGGCCUAGUUGAUGCCCUCAUUUUCAUUGUCCAGGCUGAGAUUGGACAGAAGGAUUCUGACAGCAAGCUCGUGGAGAACUGCGUCUGCCUCCUGCGGAACUUGUCCUAUCAGGUUCACCGGGAGAUCCCACAGGCCGAGCGCUACCAGGAGGCACCGCCCACUGUUGCCAACAACUCAGGGCCCCACGCGGCCAGCUGCUUUGGCGCCAAGAAGGGCAAAGAUGAAUGGUUCUCCAGAGGGAAAAAACCCACAGAGGAUCCAGCAAAUGAUACAGUGGACUUCCCUAAAAGAACCAGUCCUGCUCGAGGCUAUGAGCUCCUGUUUCAGCCAGAGGUGGUCCGGAUAUACAUCUCACUUCUCAAAGAAAGCAAGACCCCUGCCAUCCUGGAAGCCUCUGCCGGAGCCAUUCAGAACUUGUGUGCUGGGCGCUGGACAUACGGCCGAUACAUCCGCUCCGCCCUGCGUCAGGAGAAGGCUCUCUCGGCCAUAGCGGACCUCCUGACCAAUGAGCACGAGCGCGUGCUGAAGGCCGCCUCCGGGGCACUGAGGAACCUGGCUGUGGAUGCUCGCAACAAGGAGCUCAUUGGUAAACAUGCCAUUCCCAACUUGGUGAAGAAUUUGCCAGGAGGGCAGCAGAACGCCUCCUGGAGUUUCUCAGAGGAUACCGUCAUCUCUCUUUUGAACACCAUCAAUGAGGUUAUUGCUGAGAACUUGGAGGCUGCCAAAAAGCUUCGCGAGACACAGGGCAUUGAGAAGCUGGUGUUGAUCAACAAAUCAGGGAAUCGCUCGGAAAAAGAAGUUCGAGCAGCAGCACUGGUGUUGCAGACAAUCUGGGGGUACAAGGAGCUGAGGAAGCCCCUGGAAAAAGAAGGCUGGAAGAAGUCAGACUUCCAGGUGAACCUCAGCAGUGCUACGCGGAGCCAGAGCAGCCGUUCCUAUGACGACACCACGCUGCCCCUCAUCGACCGCACCCAGCAGCUAGAUAAGAAACCUGACCGGGAAGAAAUUCAAAUGAGCAAUAUGGGAUCAAACACAAAAUCACUAGAUAACAACUAUUCUACACUGAACGAGAGGGAUCACAGCAGAACACUGGAUCGAAGCGGGGAUCUGGGUGACAUGGAGCCUUUGAAGGGAACGCCCUUGAUGCAGGACCAGGGGCAGGAGUCUCUGCAGGAAGAGUUGGAUGUGUUGGUUUUGGAUGAUGAGGGGGACCCGGUGUCUUACCCCUCCAUGCAGAAGAUUUAGCACCACUAUCUCUGCUCCACCUGGGCUUAUAAUAUAUGUACUUUUAUUUUUUGGUGGUGAAAUGGACUGAUGAUUUUUUCCUUUCUUCGCUGGACUAUUGUGCCAACUGCCAGGCUGCCUCCUGCCCUUUCAGCCCCAAGUGGCUGCCUUCAUUCCAUCGACUCCCAACUUCUCGCAGUGAAGUUUAAUUGUCCCGCCCCCAUCCCCUCUCAGCCCCUGGGUUUCUGCCGAGGAACCUGACUGUUGUAUGCAUAUCCCGAGAAACUGCUGCAGAUGAGCUCUCUGGCCGGCUCUCCUGGAAUCGGCCUCGUGUGGAGGGAGGGAGGGAAUGGGAAUCUGCACUGGAAGCCAUGGGGAGCAUCAGAAGUUCCGUUCUGUAUAUGCAAUGUCCAGCAAUCUGCUACACGGAUGAUUCUUAGUCAAGAUGAUUUUCCUGGUGGGGAAGGGACUUUUUAUUUUCUUUUGGAGAGUGGGAAGUGUGAAUUCUUCCUCAUUCCAGUGGCUGUUGUGGAGUAAGAAGGCUGACAUCAUUGGCACAUCCCACCUGGCAAGAGCCCUUGAGUCACGGAAGGUCUCCUCGCACUGGGGUGGGAAACCCUUGCUCUCCUCAUCUCUGAGGCAGGGAGCUCAAGGUCCACAGACUCCAUCUCUUAGCUGAGCCUCGAGCCAACCCCAGGCUGCCGCUGGCCCUUGCUGAGGCCUCCUGAGCCUCCUCUCCACCCUGCGGUGCCCGCCGACUCGGCCUGGCCAUCUGCAGGAGGCUGUGUCGAGGAGGACAUCGAGGAAGACUGGUGGCGAAGGGAGGGAAAGAUGUCUUUUGGGAAGAAGAGGAACCUUCAGGAGGAGCCGGAAGGGAAGUACCAGAAGCGGUUAGUCUGAAACGGGCAGGAAGCUUCAAAGCUGGCUCUCCUGCCCCAUUUCUCCUUCCCCACCCUCUGAGCCUGUCCUCCCUGCCUCCUCCCUGGAUUGGUUGGCACCUACAGGACUUGAUGUACAGAACUGCUGUCCCCCUCCCUUCUAAGGUGGCGAUCGCCCCGGCUCUGCCUCCUCUCUGUGCCUUUGGCCUGGGUGCAUCUCCUCCCUCCCUUCCAUGUGCCUUUCUUUGCCUCUGCAGUCUCAUUGUUCAUGAUUUUUUGAGUUAAAAUAUUUUGUUGCUUUCUUACCCACGAUUGGCCCUCAACAGCAGAAAGGAGAGGAGAGGUGACUAGAGAACCCCAGAUUCUCCAGUAGGGAUGGGUGUAGCUCUGAUUUCCGCCAUGGCAAGCUCUUCUCACAGCAUGGGGUUGGGGUUUUGUGAAAAUCUCCUCCUGAGGGGUCUCUGCGGCUGGCAGGAGGGGUGAGCAGUGUGGCCAACUGAGUGCCCAGCGUUUGCCAUCCCUGGGAAGGGGCGCUUGGACACAGCCCGGCCUAGGCCCUGUCACUCGUAUACAUGAGCAGGUUGACUGCUACAUGGGUUGAUUAUUUUUCUUUUAACCAUUUUCCUUAUUUGUGUUCUACUCCCCUUAAUCUGAAAGCUCCGUUCGGUGCAACUGGAAUUCUUUCUCCCUCUUCCCCUUUCUUCCCUUGCAUAUUGAGGCUGUGGGGUAGGAGAAAAGUACACACCCACCAGCCCCUUCCCCCCCACUUCUCCCCACUGCUGUCCACCUUCUCUGGCCGCAAGGAGCCUUUGCUGUCCGUGACCUCAGAGCUCACUGCACAGGGCACCUGACCCCAUCCGGACCUGGCUCCGCUCUCGCUUUCUCUCGUCCUCCUCUGCUCUUCCUGGUGCUCUUUUCUUGGUGGGGUGUGGGUCAUAGAAUAGCCAUGGGCUUUGGGGGACCUGUAACUGUUUUUGUUUUCCCAUUUUCAUUUAUAAAACACUAAACAUUCGUCUCCAGAGAACCAAAAAUCCCACCUUCCCACUGGACACUAGGGGCGUGUCUUCUGCUCCACACGUUUGCUCUUUUUCUUUUCUUUCUCUCCUGUUAAUGCUUUUAAAAACAAAUGAGUUUUUUAUAUAAAUAAAGUUUUUAAAGUGUGUA